AAUAUCGACUAAAACAUUGUAAUAGUAAUAGUAAAUAUAUACAGGCAUAUACAGCUCAGAUAUACAAUAUUUAUUUUACUACAAUUAUUGAAAAAUAUGUAUAUAAUAACUCAAAAACUUUUCUACGAAGUACAUUUAUUUUAAGACUAGAAAUCGUAUCGUGUAGUUGAAAUUUCGAUAUCCCUAGUUUAAGCUUAAUUUGGUAACUUUAUAGAUUGACUUCCCUAACCUCUUCACAAUUAUUCCAUGUAACAGUGAUUAUGUCGGCAGGAUGGUUGAUAAACAAUUUUCGUUUAGCAUACAGCCACAUAGCUGGAUGCAAUAUGUACUCUUGUUUAUUUAUACAAUCCAGAGAUUAUGCAGCUAGAAAAGGUACAAGAGAAAAGGCCAGAAAGAAGAAAGUUAAAGUUGUUGCUGAAAAAGUUGGGUUUAUUCCACAUAAUGAGAGAAUUUGUAAAGGGGAAAAGGUGCAGCCAAAAGUACCUCCACUUUUGGCAUUAGAUGAUAGCUGGAAAAGGAAAUCAGUGGACGAUGUAUGGAUAGUAAAAUAUCAUCAAAAACCAGUUUAUUCCUUAAAAGAAGCUCUGGAAUGUCAUCGUGAACUACAUCAUCCAACUAUGUACAAUAAACCAAAUGCAUAUGUUAAUGCAUAUAUUGAAUUAAAUUUGCAGCGUGAAAAGAAAACGAAAACAUUGGAAAGGUUUACAAAACUAGUUGAUACGCCACAUAUAUUUCCAUUAAGUGAAACGCGAUCAAUAUUAGCUUUGUCUAAAUCAAAAGAAGAUCAAAACAUUGCUAAAGAAAGUGGAGCCGAUUUUGCUGGUGGUAUUGAAUUGAUUAAACAAAUUCAAGGUGGAGAUUUUUCUUACAAAGAAUUUGAUUACGUCAUAGCUCAUCCAAAUAUUUUACCUGAUUUAAUAGUAAUUAGAGGAUUAUUAAGAAAGAAAUUUCCAAAUAUACAUUCGGGUACUUUGGGUACUGAUAUAGGUAUUCUUAUUGAGAGAUGCAAGAGAGCAAUACAGUAUACUGCACAACCAGAUAAAACCUUUAAAAACUAUGGUGUAAUUGAUGUAGCCUUUGGCAUGCUCGAUAUGGAGAUAAACCACUUGGAAAAAAAUUUUUCCUCCCUUAUUAAUAAUGUUUAUGCCGUGAAACCAAAACGCGAGGGAAUUUUUAUCCCGAGAGUUCAAAUUAGUUGUUCAACAUCAGGGGAAUCUUUUAAAAUUAAUUUUGAAGAAUAUCUUUCAAUGAAAGCUGAGGAAACGGCAAAAGAAGAAGAAGAAGAAGAAGAAGUUAAUACUGCAGUUAUUAGUACACACUAA